AUGGAUGACAUUCAGGCCAAUGAGAAAUGUGCUCAGCCAGAUCAGGAUCAAAGUCUGGACCAUGAUGUUGGCAAAAUUACUACGAUAGAUGACUUGGAGGUUGAGAAUUUCUAUGGCUCUUCUACUACACAGUCAUAUCGUCUAAAGUCUGAGUUGGUCGGUAAAUUUAUGGAGGAGAUUGGGAUGGGCUGGUUUCAAUGGAAACUGUUUGUGGUGACUGGCUUUGGAUGGAUUGUUGACAAUUUUGCGUCUCAAGGUAUCGGAAGUGUUCAACCGCCCAUCAAACAGGAGUUCUUCGACAUUGUGCAAGUCAGUUACAGCUCAGUGGCCUACUAUGUUGGGCUUAUUCUUGGUGCCUCGUUUUGGGGUCUUUCCAGUGAUUUGAUGGGCCCUGCUGGGUCGAUGAACUUCAUCGCCUUUAGUGCUCUUUGGGCCGUUAUCGGAACAGCCGCCGGUGGAAACGUCCCGGUUGAUUCAAUGAUCUUCCUAGAAUUUGUGCCUGGAAGGCAAGUGUACCUUCUCACGGCUCUCUCAGCCUGGUGGAACCUAAGUCAAUUGAUUGUUUCGCUAAUCGCUUGGGUCUUCCUGGCAAACUUCAGCUGUCCGACCGACACUACACCAGAGACUUGUUCUCGCAGCCAAAAUAUGGGAUGGAGAUAUACCCUGAUUACCCUCGGUGGUCUAGCCCUCACAUUCACCUUCGUUCGCAUCUUCAUUUUCAAAUUACCCGAAACUCCAAGAUAUCUUCUCUCUCAAGGCAGGGAUCAGGAGGCAGUGGAUGCUGUCAACCACGUCGCAAGACAAAAUGGCAAACCAGAGCCCUUGACAAUAGCAAUGCUCCAGGAGAUCGAUAUUCGAAUGGGAAGCCCAUUUCACGAAGAAGGCGAAACAACCCGCAUGACGACGAAGGAAAUUGUCAAAGAGAACAUGCAGGCUUUCAGGGGCGAGCAUUACAAAGCUUUGUUUGCUACUCCAACACUCGGCAGACAAACAAUUAUCAUCUGGGCCAUCUGGUUGACUGUUGGAAUCGCAUACCCGCUCUUCUUUGCUUUCUUGCCAUCCUACCUAGCAACCAAGUUCACCGAGAACUCAUCUCUCUACCUCACGUACCGCAACUACUGCAUCACAUCAGCAGUUGGUAUUGUUGGUCCACUUUCCGCUGCAGUAUCUGUCAAUACCCGCUUGGGAAGACGCUGGAUGAUGGGAAUUUCCGCUGUUGUCACCGCCGUCUUCCUCUUCGCCUAUGUGGGCGUCAAAAGCCCAGCUGCCGAUCUGGCCUUUUCCUGCAUUACCAGUCUUCUAGCUAACUUUGAGUAUGCGAUCAUGUACGCAUUUACGCCCGAGUCAUUCCCAGCCCCUCAUCGCGGCACUGGCGUCGGAACCGCUGCAGCCCUUCUUCGGUUGGGUGGACUUGUUGCCAGUGUCAUAUCCUCGCAGACUGGAUUUACCAGUGCUCCAAUCUAUGCCAGUGCUGCACUCAACGAGGCUACAGGUUUACUUCAGAGUCAUCCUGGCGGAGCGCAAGCAAUAUUACGAUUUGCCGGACGAGAUGCGACUGAAGACUUUGACCUAAUUCAUCCUCCUGAAACCUUGAAAGACAUUGAAGCAACACAUCUGGGUCCUGUAGAGCCACAGGAUGACUCUUAUUCCGCCAUUGAUCCUGAGCCUUCUUACGAAGCCUCAGUCAUCUAUGUUAACUUUGCUGAACUUGAACGAGAUUGA